CCGUUUUAGACAAUAAUGUACGAGUGUCAUUUUUGUUCAUCCAAUCAUAACGUCUCUCGACAAAAAAAGUGGGCGGGGCCUCGCGUAACCGACCCUCUUCCUCUUCAGCGCUACCGAAUACAACUUCCGGCUGUAUCGUCCUCUGGAAACACAACAAUGGGCAGUGUUUUGGCUGCCAGCUCCCCCAACCCCCCACCCCCGACCUCUGGGGCUGCCGUGGCCCCGGGGUUGACGGUCCCGCCGGGCUUUGGGAUGCCUUCGGUUUCCUCUGUGAUACCCGAGGCGGCAUCCGGGCAGCAGCAGGAGGAAGAAAACCCUUUGCCUAAUCCAGGGGCGUUCGAUGAGUGUCAUCGCAAGUGCAAAGAGGUUUUCCCCAUGCAGAUGGAGGGCGUCAGGCUAGUUGUCAAUAAGGGCCUUAGCAACCACUUCCAGGUGAAUCACACCGUGCUGCUGAGCACCAUGGGAGACUCCACCUACAGGUUUGGAGCGACGUACGUUGGGAAAAAGCAGACCGGUCCAGCAGAGUUCUUUCCAGUCAUGGUGGGAGACAUGGACAACAGCGGCAGCCUAAACGCCCAAAUCAUCCACCAGGUGUCCAGCAGUGUACGAUCCAAACUGGCCUUCCAGACACAACAAAACAAGUUUGUGAACUGGCAAGGCGACGCUGAGAUCAGAGGAGAAGAUUUUACUGCAACAGUCACACUCGGAAACCCAGACGUCCUCGUCGGCUCUGGCAUUGUUGUAACACACUACCUUCAGUCCAUAACGCCGUCUCUGGCUCUGGGAGGGGAGCUGGUUUAUCACCGCAGACCCGGAGAGGAAGGCUCAGUCAUGUCUUUAGUGGGCAGAUACAGCGGAAGUAACUUCAUCGCCACACUGACCCUCGGCUCAGCAGGCGCUCACGCUUCAUACUAUCACAGAGCCAACGAUCAGCUGCAGCUCGGUGUGGAAUACGAGGCGAGCACCCGCAUGCAGGACACCAGCGUGUCGUUGGCCUACCAGCUAGAUGUGCCUAAAGCCAAUUUACUGUUUAAAGGUUCUGUAGACAGUAACUGGGUUGUUGGUGCCACUUUAGAAAAGAAGCUGCUCCCGCUGCCGCUCUCUCUGGUCCUCUGCACCUUCCUCAACCACCGCAAGAACAAGUUCCAGUGCGGCUUUGGCGUCACAAUCGGUUAGACGGACCAAGCGGCGGGUUUGUUCCCCCACGGAUAGACUCACUACGGACGAGCAGACUAUGCCAUGUUACACCACCGUGUGUCCCGUCACCUCCAUCUGGACAUUUUUCAUGUUUGAGUUUGAUCUCACGUGCUGAAUAGAAAGUUAUCAAUAUACUCUAACGCAUAUAAUCCUAAAAUAUGAAUGACCUAAUUGAUCAGAAGUGUAACACAUAAUGUGAUUGGUCAGGGUUUUGUUGACUGUGGACUCUCGACGAAUAGAAAAAAAACUGAGCUCUUUGUUUCCGUCACUGACUUCUGUGCCUGUUGUUCCAGAUUUGAUUUUUUACAUGUCGUUUUUUUUUUUACUGUAAGUGUCUGUGUGCAGUGGAUGAUACUGUCGUCAAUAUUUUUUUUUGUUACAGACAAGUUUACCAGGACUGAGUGUACUGUACUGCAUGUCACGUUCACAAACCAUCACUUGUUUUGUUGCCUUUUUGUUUACGUUACAUACAUAUGAAACAGUAUAUAUAUGACCUGUAUAUACCUCUUGGAAACUGAUAAAUACCAUUUCUUACAAAACAAAA